AUGGAGCGAAUUAUCAAACGCGAACUGAUGCGGUUUUUAGAGCAAAAUCAUCUUCUGUGCGAUGCACAGCACGAUUUCCGCAGAGGGAGGUCCUGCUUGAUCAAUCUACUCUACUGUCUUGAACAGUGGACCCGAGCGAUUGAUGAAGGAAACGUUGUGCAUGUGGCCUACAUAGACUUCAAGAAGGCCUUUGACAGCGUGCCACACCAACGUCUCCUAUACAAGCUCAGCCGCAUAGGGGUAAGAGGCAAGCUUUUGAAGUGGAUUGAAAACUUUUUGGUCGGUCGGUCCCAGACUGUUUGUCUUGGUGGCCAGCACUCGGCAGAGGUGACGGUUACGAGCGGAGUACCUCAGGGCUCCGUUCUUGGCCCUAUCCUCUUCCUCAUCUAUAUUGAUGACUGUAUCCAUGGAUUGGACUGCAAAAUUGCCAUGUUUGCUGACGAUAUAAAGCUUUGGACCGUCAUCCGCAACGAGGACGAUGAAGCAAAUUUACAGGCAAACUUAGACCGACUCGAAAAAUGGUCCGGCCACAGGCUCCUCCCAUUUAAUGUUACCAAAUGA